GCUUUUAAACAUUGCUUCGAUGGUCUGUAUUUUUACUUCCAGGGAAAAAGAAGUACUGUCCUACAAUUAGCAGGCCAAUACUAGCUUAUUAACUUCCAGUCACCUUAAUUUUUGUUAAAAUGAAGAUUCUGCAGUCUACACUUCUGUUGCUGUUUAUGCCUCUGAUAAAGCCAGCACCACCAACUCAGCAGAACUCACACAUCAUCUCUGAUUAUGGAACAGAUAAUUUUGAAGAAAUCUUACUUACCCAGGAUUAUGAGGAUCAAUACCUGGAUGAAAAAAAUAUUAAGGUAAAAGAAUCUAUGAUCAUAUCUGAUGAGAAAAGUCUUCAAAUGCAUAAAGAUGAGAGUGUAACACCAUUACCCCCCAAGAAAGAAAAUGAUGAAAUGCCCACGUGCCUGUUGUGUGUUUGUUUAAGUGGUUCUGUAUACUGUGAAGAAGUUGACAUCGAUGUUGUACCACCCUUGCCAAAGGAAUCAGCCUAUCUUUACGCACGAUUCAACAAAAUUAAAAAGUUGACUGCCAAAGAUUUUGCAGAAAUCCCUAAUUUAAGAAGGCUUGAUUUUACGGGAAAUUUGAUUGAAGAAAUAGAAGACAGUACUUUUUCAAAACUUUCUCUGUUAGAAGAACUUACACUAGCUGAAAAUCAACUAUUGAAACUUCCAGUUCUUCCUCCCAAGCUUACGUUAUUUAAUGCAAAAUACAACAAAAUCAAGAGUAGAGGAAUCAAAGCAAAUACAUUCAAAAAACUGAGUAACCUGUCCUUCCUCUAUUUGGAUCAUAACGCACUGGAAUCUGUGCCUCUUAAUUUACCAGAAAGUCUUCGUGUAAUUCAUCUGCAGUUUAACAACAUAACUUCAAUUACAGAUGAUACAUUCUGCAAGGCUAAUGACACUCGUUAUAUUCGGAACCGCAUUGAAGAGAUACGCUUGGAGGGAAAUCCCAUCAUCCUGGGAAAGCAUCCGAACAGUUUUAUCUGUUUAAGAAUAUUACCUGUAGGGUCAUACUUUUAACACCUAUCAAUUAAUGCAGCACAUAAACUAAACUACUCACAUACUUACAAUCUGUCUCAACAAUGUCUAAAGGAGCAUAAAUAUCCGUUUAAUAGUAACUUUGUAUCCCAGUAUGAAGCAAUUUUAUGUUUUAAGCAAGGAUGUUCAAAAGUUAACAUAUAAUAAGUAAAAAGUUAAGACUAAAUCUUAAGUUCAAAACAAAUUAAUAUGCAAAUAUUUAAACAGCAUAACAAAAUCCUAGUAGUUUAUAGUGGAGUGCCAUUUUUAAAAGGUGUGAUUUCCCAUAAAUAUCUCAAUUUGAGAAGUUUAAUUUCUAUUACUAAUGAAGUGAGGAUAAGUCCAAGAAACUUUCAGCUGUUUGUCCUUUCUGGCCUUUACUGGAUCCCUAAAGCAUUUAAGGUUGACAUUUCCAAAUCUCUGAAAAGCUAAAUAUUUCCAGUGCUUUUCCAUUUUUCUCUUAUGAUUCAUACACUAUUCAUAAUGAAGUAGAAACUCUUUUCUUUCUGUUAAAGCUGCUAUUAUCUUUUUACUUAGCCUGAGAAAUAGGGCAUAGUCUCAUACGUAGGCAAAACUUUUCAAAUAAAGUAUAAUUUACUCUCUGAUAAGCUAAUAUAGUAAUGUUCAGUGUGAUUCUGCUUUGCAGUCAGACAGUUAAAGGCUUUAGUAGAAUAGUACUAAGAAUUCUACUAGAAUAGUAGAAUAGAGUAUGAAAUUCUCUUUUCUAAAUAUUAACAUUCUAAAUCUAAUGUAAAACAUUUUAAGAAGUCAAGCAGACCAAAAUCAGUAUGCUUAUAUGUAUAUUAAAACAAAAACAAAAAGAAACGAAAGUCCACCCCAUUUCUCAGAAAACAGAGAUAACGUUCUCUAUUGUAAAGGCUUGCAAAUAUUAUAACUACUGCAAAAUAUUUUCUCUUUACACUACAGGAAUGAGAAUUGUAUCAAUAAAUCUAUCCAAAUGUGAGACACAAAA